GCGCAGUGGCUGCUUUUUGUCGCGCUCGCUCCCGUGCACGGUAUGUUGUCGUAGUGCGGGUCUUUCGUCUGAGGUGUACUUUUUCUUCUUCUUUACGACUGUCCGGACGGAGACGGCCUUUCCUUUGAACUGUCACCGUGUUUUCUUACGAUCGGUGGCUAUUCGUGCACGGUGUCUGCGGACCAGGAUGGAAAACUGGAAUCGAUGACUGUCUACUUGGGUCGACUCAGGAGAGCAAUGGCAUUGGUUGCCGUUAGAAAAUGACUCUUCUCAAGCGCCCAUUUUUCGUCUUCUGGGUCACUUUUCAACUCUGCGCGGCUGCAGGAGAGAAUGCAGAAAAUCCUUGCGGUACACAGGAAACACAGCAGGCGGUGGUCGCUGGUUCCUGGCGAAGGAGUCCUUGCGAACUCUGUACGUGCGACGAGGGUCGGGUUCAUUGUCACAGACGGACUUGCGCGCCGCUUACGUGCUCUUCGAGAAGCUUUCCUGUGCUGGCCCCAGGCGCUUGUUGCCCUCACUGCUUCCAGACGCAACAAUGUCAUGGAAGCUGUUCGAGAUGCAACUCACCUUCACAUUGGAGUUGCACGGAGUGCAAGAACGGCCGGGUGCUCCAACUACACCCAGGGGAUGAGGACGGGCACUGUACCGACCAGUGUCCUGCUGGCUUCUUUCGCACACCUGCCAACAGAUGUCAAGCCUGCCAGACAACAUGCAAGACAUGCUACGGAUCCUUAGAGAACAACUGUAUGUCAUGCACAGACAUGCACAUCCUACGCGAAGAUUCUUGUGUUCGAACCUGUGAGCGUGGCUUCUUUUCUGAUGGCCAUGCGUGCUGGGCUUGUCAUCCUACUUGUUCGGCAUGUCGUGCCUGGGGUGCCUGCGAUUCAUGUCUUCCUGGCCAUCGUCUUCUUCAUGGCAAGUGCAUUGCUGCCACUUGCGUCAAAGGCACAUACUACGAUCGAACAAACAAUAGGUGUCAAGAUUGCACGAAAGGUUGUGUCGAUUGCGUGAAGCUUACAGGAGGACAAGUCACGUGUCUCGAAUGUCCAGAGAGCCUCGUUCCUCUGGAAGACAGAUGCGUGUCAAGGUGUCCCGUGGGAUUCUUUCAAAACGAGCGUAACUUUUGUGAGGGAUGUCACCGAAGCUGCACCGAAUGCAACCGUCGUGGACCAUCAGGAUGCACGGCUUGUCCCGCGGAGACGUAUCUUACCGUAGAAUGUUUCUGCAUGAGCUCCUGCUAUGUGGGUAGCUAUAACACGAACGGCAUCUGCGAAGCGUGUGGGCACAACUGUCAUCAAUGUCAAUCGUAUAGGAACUGCGAAAAGUGCGACACCGGCUUCGUUCUGCAACAUGGAGAAUGCGUGGUUCGUUGUGACGACGACUAUUUCUUGGACUUGAGCUCUGGGACGUGCAAAGAAUGCUCGUGGAACUGCGGGACGUGCUACGGUCCAAAUCCAGACAACUGUCUCUCUUGUAGUGACUCCAGACUCAUUCAAAACUCCGAUUGUGUUUCACGGUGCUCUGAAGGAUUUGCAGCUGACGAGGAUGGCACUUGCAAACGUUGCCCUUCCAGCUGCAAAACCUGCGUAACAAGACGCUACUGCACUGUGUGCAAGGAGAGUUUUUUCUGGCAAGCGGGACAAUGCGUUGAACAGUGUUCUCCAGGGAUGCUCAAAGAUGAGGCGUCCAGGGCAUGCCACGAUCCGAUACUGCUGGCGAGCUGGACCGAAGAAGUCGAUCGUCCAUACAGCAGAGAAAACAAAAUCGAGAAGGCGACGGCAUUAUAUCGCAGGAUUAAUUCCGUCCCCACCAGUACUGCGGUUCACGAGGAGCCUGAAGCACUUCCAGACUAUGACUUUGGUACGACAUCGCUAGUUCCAGUGGCAACGAACUUUGCACGCGACGUUGCUACAUCAACCGCGUCUACAGUUCAGAGCCCCAGCCAGACGCCGAUGACGCGCAACCGCGGUACGACUCCAGCGCAGCGACUUUCAGCAGUGAGCCAUGAACCAGGUCACCACAUAAAUUUCACCCGUACUUUCAAAGAGGCAGCUAUUACAUCCGCGCCUCAUCGACGCACCUUCAACCAUAGCGUGGGAGGCCGGAAACCAGAUGCUGUACUUGCGAGGCCCUUGAUUGUGUCAUUGUUGCACUACGACAGCAUGCGAAGUGGGAUCCGAGAAGAGCCUCCUUCAGGAUACCCCGUUAUGUGCGUCUCUCCUUGUGAUCAGCGCCACCCAUCUUACUCAAAGAGAUCCUGCGCUCAUGCUUUCAAUGGCAGCACAGCGUGCUCUUUCGACUGGGAGGCAUCUACUAAUCCACAAGCCCCUGUCUUCGAGCGAAUCACACGUUCCACGCCAUUUGCCAACGCACAUCAGCAGGUUCUCGACUCGGUGUACUUUAAGGGUGGGACGGUUCUAAGAUGCGCUAUUCAAUUCUGCAAGGAAGGAUCUGGAACACGCGGUCCCCGGUUGCUCAGCCCUCAAGUCACCAUCAGUGAUCGUGAAGGCAUGUGCAAGGAACCAGAGGGCAAUCUGGAGCCGUUCACUGCAACCAUGCACUACCACAACGGUUCGCAUACUGAACCCAACAGGUUACGUAUUCAAGUGGACAUUCCGCAUACGGACUCAAUGUUUCCACUGGUCUCCACAUACCCGUUGCACAACGUCGAAGACCUGCUCACCAACAUGGUUUCGCAAAAGCAACACGUUUGUUCAAAUCUUCCACAUUCAUCUGCGGAGUUACCAGAUGCACUAACGUUUCUACGCUCAGAAGAUUAUAACCAGAGCACGUCUUCAGCGCCCCUGAAACCACACCAACAGGACACGAGCAUGAGAGGCGAAAUUGCAGUUGACAUGUACCGGCACUUGGACCUUAAUAAGUGUCUUUGGACAUUUUCCGCCACUCUACCUAUCAAAUACGUCUUAGAUUUCUGCGGUGGGUCUAUAUUGGACGACCAUAAGGAAAAAAAGACAACCCGGAAGUUCCUGACGGUGCAUGUGCCGUUCUACGUAACGAAAAUCACUCCUCAAGGACCUGGUCAAUGGAGAUUCGAAGAACAUCGAUCUCAGCUAGAGAUAUCCUUCUCCUACAGCAGCGUGCACUGGGCGCAGAGUCUCCAAACAGAGGCUGCGCCAGGCGGGCAUGUCUUUGUUAAACGCUUUACGUUGAGUCAAGAUGGAAGCCUUACGAUGCAUAUCGUUUCUAAAGCAAACUUUCACGGUAAGCUAGUGGUUAAGCCCCUAAGGUUAAGUUUGAGUUUGCCAUGCAGGGUUCGUAUGCUUGCAGGUUGCUUUGUGAUAGGUCAUCGUUCGCUACCAGGUGUAUCUAGUCAUGUCGGAGUACCUGAAGGACAGCAUCUGACUUUCAGACUGAAUUUAAUGUGGAGCGAACGUACCUUCGACUGUCCGACGCAGCUUUGGAGGGCUACCUCUAGCUACAGUGUGAAGGACUACAAAGGAAACUACACGCUUUUUCUGGUACCGUGCGUCGUCGAUGCUGUUCGAGAGUACUCCCCCAUAGUGGAAGAAACUUGCGUACCUCAUCAACCAAUACGAUUCGCAGUUCCUGUGACACUUUCCCAAUCGAGACCUCCUGUGCCUCAAGCAUACAGCAUGGAUACGCGUUUCCAGCUCUUCAGCAAUCUGGAUAACUUCCUGUUUGCCCCUAAAGGCUUUGACUAUGACAUUGAAUCACAAGAUGACGAACGCAAUGUCUUCUUUAAAGGAGAAGUAUUAUACGGAAGAGUGACGUGGGACCCGUCAGAAGACCCCAUCGCUGCUAUCCACAUCGACCAAGUUUUUCUGUGCGCUGGAAAGUUUGGAUUCACACCAACUUACGACCCCUCGGGGGAAGUGUUUGGCAAGGGCCCCACGUAUGGGUGUGUCCAACCUGGACCAAAUCUCCAGCACAGGUUUUUAAUUUUGGACCGUUUCAACACAGAAAGUGUCCAAGAGUCCGUCCGAGGUGUAAAAUUCGACGCGAAGUUUGCAGGUGAUAUCGGAACGCAAAACUUUGGAGAAUCAUCGGGCAUGGAUGGGUUUUCCAUGAAUGUAGAUCCACUGUAUCUGGUCGCUCCUGGAACCAAAUGGUACCUCCAGGUUCUCUACAGCGUCGCGCCACUGAGAACCUCACAUUCAAUGCUUCGGCGAAGACGUCGAUCAAUUUCCACCAGCUUUAACGGGACAAAUAUCCACGGGUUCCUGGUUGCAGACUCGGGACAGUCAGAAGCGCGAGACCGAAGCUCGGAACCAGCAAGCCCGCUGUCCACAGUGUUCUUCGCCGUGGGAAGCGUUAUUCUUCUUCUCGCAACUGCUUCGCUUGUUUUGGUUUCUCGAGUGAUAUCCAAGAACCUGCACCGCAACGCUUAUAAGAGUGGCGAACGUGAAGUCAAAUGUCCAACCGUGAAAUACGGCGAAAGUGCCAUAAUGUUUAGGUGGGGGGAUAGAAAUGGUUGCGAGACUCUAUCCCGAGUAAAAGUCACUCGUUUGUCGUGGUCUCAUCUGAACAUGCGCAGUGAGCACACGUCGGAAGUUUAGCGAAUAAUGAGUGAAUACACCUUUCUAGAAAAGAAAGCGCCACCUGUGGUGCGCAAGGGCUCAUGGGAACUUAGAGAGCCUUCAAGCAUUACGAUACGGCCACAGGCGGAGGUAGAAGAAGAACAACAUCAUUCCCGGUGUGCGCAGCAUCAGCGUCAGCCGGGAUAAACCAUAUCCGAAGCAAACGACGGAGCAGUGUCCCGCAAAGUUCCCGUGCUGCUUUGCGCCACACGCUUGGUGGCGCGCGCAUCUUUUUAAAAUCGUCUAUUGUUCGUCUCUCUCUUUCGUGUCACAUCCUGCAAGUCAAACCUACCUCAUAUUUAUGUGCCUUCGUUGUCUGCAUUGCUGUUAAAAGUCAUCGUCAUGUCCGUGAUGAACUGCGAAUAAAACAGAUGCAGUUGUGUA